GCGACAUCUACCACGAUGCUUGCAACUGUCCCCUGCAGACCCCUGAUGAGUGGGCCGCUUCAGUCGGUUGUCCAGUGGCGUACACACAAAUCGAACAUGAUUUAGACCCUUUCAAAAGUAUUAAUAUGACCCAAGUAGCCACAGAGGCAGUGGAGAAGUUUCAUCACAAGGGCAGACGAAGUAUCUGCCAUUACAAGAUCGUCAACAAUCAGGUCUACAGAAAGUGUUACGGGGAACAUGUCGGUUUCAACAUGUUUACAGAUGCAAUUUUACUGUCUCUGGCUCGAAAGAUGCUUCUACCGGACUUUGAGUUCUUCAUGAACUUGGGCGACUGGCCCCUGGAAAACAAAGCGGAUGCAGAGAGGCCGAUCCCUGUGUUGUCUUGGUGUGGAUCUAAGAAUGCUUUUGACAUCGUUCUGCCUACAUACGACAUCACAGAAGCGACACUUCAAAUGAUGGGCAGAAUCACCUUGGACAUAUUCUCCACACAAGCUAACACCGGCCCAAAGUGGGAAAACAAAUCUGACAUUGCCUUCUGGAGGGGUCGAGAUAGUAGGAAGGAGCGGUUACAGUUGGUAGAGAUGGCCCUGAAACACCCUCAGCUCAUCGACGCAAAACUCACAAGAAUGUUCUUCUUUCCUAAAAAUGAAACCAAGUACGGACAGCUGGCGCCUCAGAUCUCAUUUUUCGACUUUUUCAAGUACAAGUACCAGCUGAACAUCGAUGGCACAGUGGCAGCCUAUAGACUCCCGUACCUGCUGGUGGGGGACUCAGUUGUUUUCAAGCAGGAAUCAGAGUACUACGAGCACUUCUACUCUCGAUUGAAACCCCAUGUGCAUUAUGUGCCGGUAAAACAAGAUCUCAGUGAUUUGUUGAAAAAGAUUCAGUGGGCCAGGGAAAAUGAUGAGACGGUCAAAGAAAUCGCCAGGAAUGGACAAGAGUUUGCGCGAGAGCACUUAACGCCGGCCGACAUUUUGUGUUACCAUGUACGAGUGUUUCAGCAAUAUGCCAAACGACUCAAAACAAAGCCAGAAGUAAAUGCAGAUUUUGAGCUAGUCAGUCAGCCCGAGGAUUCAUCGCCUUGUUCUUGUCCUGCCAGUAAUCCACAGAGAACACAUGGUGGAGAGUUGUGA